AUGGCCACUUCACUCUCUUAUUGCCCAAACCCUAACCCUACCUUUCUCUAUGAUCAAUCCCAAUCCUUCGAUUUUGAUUCCACAAUGAUUCCCCGCUCUCAAACUCCUUCGCCGGAAUCUCCUCCCUCACUCCUUACACUCUCAUUCAACCAAGACCAAGCUUGCUUCGCCGUCUCCUCCGCCGCCGACACCAGCUUUCGAGUCUACAACACCCACCCCCUCCACGAGCUCUUCCGCCGAGAGUUCGCCGGCGGCGGAUUCGCUCACGUCGAGAUGCUCUUCUGCUCUAACAUACUUGCUCUAGUCGGCGCCGGUUCCCAUCCUCAGUUCCCUCCGAACAAGGUCAUCCUCUGGGACGACCACAAGGGCAGGUGCUUCGGCGAGCUCUGCUUCCCCUCCGCCGUCCGCGGCGUCCGUCUCCGCCGCGACCGCAUCGUCGUUGCCCUCGAGAUGAAAGUAUUCGUGUACGAUUUCACGAACUUCAAGCUGCUGCAUCAGAUGGAGACCCUGGCGAAUCCCAAGGGACUCUGCGCGGUUUCGCAGGUGGUCGAUUCGGUGGUUCUUGCAUGCCCCGGCUUGUGCAUGGGUCAGAUACGAUUGGAUCACUUUGAGCGGAAGAAAACGAGUUUCGUUUCGGCUCAUGACUCGGGGAUUGCUUGUUUCUCCCUCACACUUGAUGGCAAGUUCCUCGCCACCGCCAGUACCAAGGGCACCAUCAUUCGGGUUUUCGAUACGGCCCAUGGAACUCUGCUUCAGGAAGUAAGAAGGGGUGCAACUGCAGCAGAAAUCUACUGUUUGGCAUUCUCUUCUACUGCUCAGUGGUUAGCAGUCUCCAGUGACAAGGGCACCGUCCAUGUUUUCAGUCUUGACGUUAAUUCUAGCGGCAUGGGGCAUGAAAAGCAACCAAAUGCGUCCAAUUCUGAUGCUGCCAUUACACCAUUUAGCUCAGCUCUCUCAUUCAUUAGAUUUAAAGGAGUGUUACCUAAGUAUUUCAAUUCAGAGUGGUCACGUGCUCAGUUUCAUUUGCGUGAGGGCUCUCAUUACUCUGUUGCAUUCGGUCACCAGCAGAAUACAGUCAUAAUUCUUGGCAUGGAUGGAAGCUUCUAUCUUUGUCAGUUUGACCCCCUGCGCGGUGGAGAGAUGACUCAGCUUGAAUAUCAUAACUUUCUAACUCCAGAAAUAGCCCAUGAGACUCAGCCAUGA